ACAUCAAGCAGCCGUAGGCCGACAGAGACAAUAGGGCAAGUCAGGCUGACAGAGGUACUGACGAAGCAGACAGAAGCACCAGAAAAGUGAUAUUAUUGUGCGCCGCUGUGCAUAUUGGCAACAAAGCUUUGAUUCUGCACUAUUCAGAGACACGAUUUUGCACAGAAAAUCAGACCAGUCCUGUAACGGUUUAUCCUGCUAUACAAUUAAAGUUUCUGCUGAACGGAAUGACAGCACCAGCUAUUGCAUGCAGCGCAAUCUGAGAGGAACAACAGCAGUCACCAGAUCCCUGUGCUCCAGGCAUCUCUCCCAGGCAGAAUGAGCUCCUCUCCCCAUGGGUCCCACGGGUCUGGGUCCCGCGCCUCCAUCGACAUCCUGGAGGAGCUGCAGCUCAUUGCUGCCCAGAACCUGGAGAAGCUAGACAUCAGCAAGUACUAUGAGGUCAUCAGGGAGCUGGGUAAAGGUACCUAUGGGAAAGUGGACCUGGUCAUCCACAAAAUCAGGGGCACUAAGAUGGCUCUGAAGUUCUUGAGGAAGAAAACAACCAAACUGAAGAGCUUCUUAAGGGAGUACAGCAUCUCUCUCUACCUGUCUCCCUGCCCCUUUAUCAUCAACAUGUUCGGCAUUGCCUUUGAGACAGACGACUACUACGUCUUCGCUCAGGAGUAUGCCCUGGCAGGAGACCUCUUCGACGUCAUUCCCCCUCAGGUGGGUCUUCCAGAGACGGUGGCUAAGCGUUGUGUCCACCAGGUGGCCAUCGCCCUGGACUACCUGCACUGUAAGAAGCUAGUCCACCGGGACAUCAAGCCUGAGAACAUCCUCAUCUUUGACAAAGAGUGCCGUAAGGUCAAGCUGUCAGACUUCGGCAUGACGCGGCGUGCCGGCUCCCCAGUGAAGCGUGUCAGCGGAACCAUCCCGUACACUGCACCGGAGUUGUGCGACGCCUCGCAGCACGAGGGCUUCUGCGUGGACUACAGCACUGACGUGUGGGCCUUCGGUGUCCUCCUCUUCUGCAUGCUCACCGGCAACUUCCCCUGGGAGAAGGCCCUGCCGUCGGACGCCUUCUACCAGGAGUUUGUGCGCUGGCAGCGGCGCCGGACGGGCACGGUGCCCUCUCAGUGGCGGCGCUUCACAGACGAGGGGCUGCGCAUGUUCCGCAGGCUCCUGUCCAUUGAGCAGGAGCGCCGCUGCUCCGUUAAGGAGGUUUUCAGCUACUUCAACCACCACUGGAUGCUGGACAAUGAGCCGGGCAGCAGCAGCGUUGCGGGAGGAGGGUCAGUGGGCAGUGGGCCCCAGGUGGAGCUCAGCUCGUCGUCAUCUGAAGAGGAUGUACUGGUGGACAGGCUAAAGCAGCAGAGCCUGAUAGAGCCCAUGGGCGGACACUACUCCUCCUCCGGCUCCCCCUCCUCCACCAGCAGCUACGAACGUGUCUCCCGUGACAAUGGAGGGGCCGGACGCAUCUUGGUGGCCACGCCCAUUGAAAUUUGUGUGUAGAGAUUGGCUAUGUGCACACACAUACACACACUGUAUAAACACUAACGUACGAAGGUCAAAUAACAGAGAACGAUCUUCCUGGUUAAAGGAAGAGGUGGGAGAACAGCCUGGUCUCAUAGACUAGAAGUAACAUAGUAAAUGUAAAUCCUCGACACUGAAAUUAUUAUGAUAUGUUACUUUUUGUAUGGUUACAUAAGACAGGUGGUUACUUAAGGCAAAAACGAAAGUAGGGUGGUUGGUCGGGAGUAUAACUCGAAUGUCUAGCAACCCAAAGGUUUGCAAAUUUAAAUCUCAUCACGGACAACUCUAGCAACUUUUCAACUACUUACUAGUUUUUAGCUACUUACCAUGUUAGCUAACCCUUCCCCUAACCCUGACCCCUAACCCCCAGCCUAGCUAACAUUAGCCAGCUAGAUAGAAUUCGUAACAUAUAGUACGUUUUGCAAAUUCAUAACAUAUUGUAUGUUUCGAAAAUUUGUAACAUAUAAUACGAAAUAUAAUUCAUUAUAUAUCAUACAAAAUGGGUGAUGGACAUCCACAAAUUAUACAUACCAUACGAAACUAAACAAAACGUAGCAUAUCAUGCUAAAUGGAGUGUCACGGAUUUAUGUACAGAGUAAUACGAAAUUCUCUGAGACCAGGUUGGGGAGAAAGGAAGAUGAGGAAAAAUGAUGGAUGGUGCUUGAAGGAGGUGGUUGUUUCACUAUAGAUUCUGACAGACAUUCCUAUUGACGAUUAACUCUGAGGGAAUGACAAAAGACAAUCACAACCAGUACUGAUUACUGAACAGAUGUGUGGGCAUCUGCAGGCAUUUAUUGAUGUAUUGUACUGUAGCUAUAUUCAGACUAAAAUGUACAACAAUAUCAGACAGAGACAACAAACAUGUGAAGGACAAAACAAGCUUUUACAGAAUAGCAACAUAAUGUCCUAGUAUGUUGUAUUGGAGCUCACCAGAUCCUAUCCUAAAGCAAUAUGUUCAAAGCAACUUCUCUGCAAAAAUGACUUGUCUGAUAAAUGGCUCAUGGAAUAAUGGAAUAAAUUAAACCAUUUUGAAUCUGCUGUAGUUGCAUCAGUAAAAGAUGAUUGGAGAGUGUAAAAGUUGGCUGUCAUUGUGACUUUUACCAUAGUGCAAUGUGAACCAAUGGUAUUAUGGUGUGUUUGUAUUGUAUACCCUUAUGUUCAGUGGGUAUAAGAGCUUUAUGUAAUGUAGUUUUUGUUAAAAUUAUUUAUUUGAGUCCUUGAUUUCUGAACAUAUAUUUUUGCUAUUUAUUUUUAAAAGUAACAUUAGAGAUUUGACUUUUUUUGAUACUUUACGUUUGCCAAUGUUUUACUGCUGGUGCAAUUUAAGCAGCCAUUUUGAAAAGGGAAACUGCAUUUGACCUUCCCCCAUAGCAAUGUCAUAUAAUCCCAUGGAACUGCUUUUCAUCUCAUGUGAAUGGAUUAUGUUGAUGUUGGCCAUUACCUCUUUAGCAGUAGCUAUAGUGCAUUAUUAUGUCAGUCCGAGUGUUUAGUUCACCUCCUCUUGUCUGCGUGCUAUGCCUGCUAGGCCUGGUACACCAUGACAGUAAUGCAGUAAUGGAUAAGAACACUGAUGCUGACUUUACGUGAUAGCCUGCAGUAUACAUAACCAUUAGAAGCUUAACGCUACUAUGGUUUUACUUUAGUUUAUUGACUGUUGUGUCAUGGUGACAUGAGGAUGAAAUGUUCAUGUUUUAUGUAAAGCAUAAAGUGGUUUCAUUUAGAGUUUUCUCAGGUAUAGUCUCUAUAAUGUAUUAUACCAUAUACACACCAUAUACAUCCUCUUGAUGGGGAUGAUUUAAAACCUCCAGCUGAACCUAAAUGUUCUGUGGGCAUGUCGUACCAUAACUCAUUUCUUAUCUUUUAGCUUUUAACUGUAGGUAAAAAGGGCAAAAUCCUAAAAGUGAAUUUCCUUGACUGGUCUCUUAUUUUAUACAUUAGUUUGGCAAAUGUGUACAUGUAGAUGUCAGAUGAUAAUCAAAGGAUGAAUGGAUGAGCAUUUUCUUAAUUGCAUGGUUAAUGAAGAAAAUGUGUGAAAUCAGCUCGUACAGUAAUUGUUCAAGUGAAAAAUAUGUGCAAAUAAAUAGUUGUAUAGUGAAAUUUUGCUGUGGCACAAAUUUGCAUAAUUUGAUAUUGUUCUCAAAACAAAAUCUAGGGCUGAAAAAGCAAAAAAAAAUUGUUCCAUUGUAUUUGACGUGCUACAUUUGUAUAGGCUUCCAUCACAAGAUCACAGACGAUGUAGUGGGACUAUGGGGAUACUACCUACAUGUCUACAAGUACGUUUGAGAUGUGACUUAAAUGAUUAGUUUUAUUUUGUGUGACUUACCUUUAAAAGGGAAACAUUUCGAAAGCUGGAAAACAGGAUGGGAUACUGGAUAUAAUGUCCACCAUGGAAAUCUGAAAUAAAAUGCACAACAGUUCAUUCUAGAAUAGACUCGCCUCUCUCUGCGUGUUGUGUUUUUCAGAAAUGUUUGCAUGAAUCAAUAUUGCUCUGGAGGAACGCUGUUGAAAUAAAUCUCUAGAGUGAAAAGUUGCAGUAUUUAUUUUUCUGCCACUGGAGAAAAUACUUAUUGUAUGUAAACAGAGUUAAACACACUGGGCCCUAUUUCCCCCUCUGCCACCCCCACCACCCCCUCAGAAACACACUGGGCCCUAUUUCCCCCUCGGCCACACCCACACCCCCCCAGAAACACACUGGGCCCUAUUUCCCCCUCUGCCACACCCACCACCAGCCCCUCAGAAACACACUGGGCCCUAUUUCCCCCUCUGCCACACCCACCACCCCCUCAGAAACACACUGGGCCCUAUUUCCCCCUCUGCCACCCCCACCACCCCCUCAGAAACACACUGGGCCCUAUUUCCCCCUCUGCCACACCCACCACCCCCUCAGAAACACACUGGGCCCUAUUUCCCCCUCUGCCACACCCACCACCACCCCCUCAGAAACACACUGGGCCCUAUUUCCCCCUCUGCCACACCCACCACCCCCUCAGAAACACACUGGGCCCUAUUUCCCCCUCUGCCACCCCCACCACCCCCUCAGAAACACACUGGGCCCUAUUUCCCCCUCUGCCACACCCACCACCACCCCCUCAGAAACACACUGGGCCCUAUUUCCCCCUCUGCCACACCCACCACCACCCCCUCAGAAACACACUGGGCCCUAUUUCCCCCUCUGCCACACCCACCACCCCCUCAGAAACACACUGGGCCCUAUUUCCCCCUCUGCCACACCCACCACCACCCCCUCAGAAACACACUGGGCCCUAUUUCCCCCUCUGCCACACCCACCACCACCCCCUCAGAAACACACUGGGCCCUAUUUCCCCCUCUGCCACACCCACCACCCCCUCAGAAACACACCGGGCCCUAUUUCCCCCUCUGCCACACCCACCACCACCCCCUCAGAAACACACUAGACUGAUCAGGAGAAAAAUACAUUUAGCACUUUUUUGUCUUUAAAUAAACAUCAAUGCAUUUUGAAAGCAGCAGUCCAGUUCUGUUGCCUCUCAGCUGCUGAUAUAUUCCCAUGAGUAGAUAUUUAAUAAAUCUGUUAUUUACGUGUUUUUAGUAACGUUAUGGGAUUUCCUUGUCUUUCUGUGCCGUGUAAUUUUGUUGUGGAGUUUGUCUGUAGAACAUGCGCUGCUAGAACUCAUCUCUUAUUCACUCCAUCCAAUAGAACGCUGUUUUCCCUAUACUUUCCUCUCCUUUCAUUCAAAAUGAAAUAAAGCAAUCUGAAAUUAA